AUGGAUAUGCUUGAGGGUGAUAAGUUAUGCAUCGCUGUUGAAAGGAUUCGUUAUUUAGCAUUCACUCGUAAACAAUACGAUGUCGCAAAAAGAUUCGAAGUCCUCUGUCAGACGAAGAAAUUGAGAACGUUGGCUGCAUUACCUACUUGUAUGCCGACUUGGGGAGCUUGUUGCUAUUUGAGUGCUGAUGUCUUGCAGAAUAUGCUGUCAAGGUUGAGAUGCUUAAGAGUACUAUGUCUGAGUGGUUAUUCCAUUGGUGAGCUACCGAAUUCCAUCGGUCAUUUGAAGCAAUUAUGCUACCUGAACUUGUCUCGCAGUCGAAUUAAACAGUUACCUCAAUCUGCGGGUUCGCUUAUCAACUUGCAAAUGUUGAAGUUGCACGGCUGCACAGAACUUACUAAUUUGCCACGAGUUAUCGAAAAUCUGGUGAACCUUCAUGUUCUUGAUCUUGCCGGUACUAGUAAUUUACAGGAUAUGCCGUUUAAGAUCGGAAAAUUGAAGAAUCUUCAGAUUUUAUCCAAAUUAAUUGUUGGCAAGGGCAUUGGAUCUGCUGUUAGUGAAUUGAGGGGCUUGUUGAAUUUGCGGGGGAAGCUUUCCAUUUCGGGGUUGGAAAAUGUUGCAGAUUUCCGAGAUGCUAGCAAUGGGAACCUCAAGGACAAGGAUGGCUUAACCGAGUUGGAUCUGCAAUGGAGUGACGAGUCCCUUAAUUCUGAAAACGAGGAAGGUCAAAUGCAUGUUCUCGAAAGUCUGAUGCCUGGUAAGAAUAUGGAAAAACUGAGAAUUCUGUUCUAUGGUGGUAAAAUGUUUCCUUCUUGGUUAGGUGAUCCUUCAUUGACUAACAUAGUGUGGUUAGAACUCCUUAAUUGCAGAAACAGCAUAUUACUUCCAUCACUUGGGAGAUUACCCUCACUAAAAAUAUUGUCCAUAGUAGGAAUGGAUAGAGUCCAGAAGGUGGAUUUGACGUUUUAUGGACAUGGAUAUGUUGGAAUGACGUGCUGGUCUUCUCCUAGCCGAGCUAAUGAAGACUCGGGGGAAGAAUUCCCUUGUCUCCGCGAGCUCACGGUAGAGAAUUGUCCCAAGUUGAUUGGAAAGUUACCUGGUCGUCUUCUUUCUCUCGUGAAACUUGUAAUUAAGCAUUGCCCGAAAUUAGAAUCUUCAUCGAUGAGUUUACCGUCUCUUAACGAGUUAAAUGUAGAAGAUUCCAAUGAAGAGUUGCUGGGUAGCAUUCUCGGCCCAUCCUCUUUAACAGCUGUCACAACCAAGGGUCUGCCUGUACUUCUGCAUCUUCAGAAUGGGGUUGUCCGGUCUUCGGGAGCACUUAGAGUUCUUUCCAUUUCCAGUUGCAUCGGAUUGACAUCAUUACAGGCGGCGGGUGAUAUUUUGUUGAAUAUUACUGCUAUAGAGCAUCUGAAAAUUAAGAACUGUUCACGGUUUUCUGAGACAGGGUUCUUUCCCAUGCUGAAACAUCUUACGCUCAAAGAUUGCCAGAGUCUAAAGUUUCUGCCUAGUGCAAUUACGAUGAUUAGUUGUCCUCUCGAAGAAUUGAAGAUCGAAGAUUGUCCGGCUCUCACAUUUUUUGCAAAUGGCAGGUUACCGACUGUACUUCGACGUUUGAAAAUCAGGUUCUGUGAAGCUCUAGUUUCUCUACCACAGGGACUGAUGCAGAUCGAUAACAGCACAAGCAACGUAUCUCAUCUCGAGAACUUGGAGAUCGUCGGUUGCCCUUCUCUUAUUUCAUUUCCAGAAGGCAAAUUUCCCAGCAGCCUUAAAAUACUUAAGAUAUGGAGAUGCUUUCGAUUGGAACCCCUUUCUGAUACGAUGCUGCCCAAAAAUGGGUCACUCGAGCUCAUUAGUGUCUUUAAUUGCUCGAAAAUGACAUGCUUGCCCGGGUGCAUAAACUGUCUCACGCAUCUGACUGAAUUGAACUUACACAAGUGUACUGCUCUAAAAUACUUCCCAGAAACCGGCUUGCAAUUUCCCAACCUGAGAAAACUUGAUAUCUACGAGUGCAGCAGUCUCAAUUCCCUUCCUGAUCAGAUGUUAAGUCGCACCUCCCUUCAUUAUUUAACAAUCGGUGAGUGUCCUGGUCUUGUGUCAUUUCCCAAAGCUGGCUGGCCUCCUAACCUAUUGGCACUCAAGAUCUGAAACUGUGAAAAUCUUAAGCAACCGUUGUCGUAAUGGAACCUGCACGAUCUGGCCUCUCUCAGCGAUUUGACCAUUGCCGGUGCACCUGAUAUAGUUUCCUUUCCAGAUGAAAUGUGCCUGCUUCCCACAAGUCUAAUGUCUAUGUAUAUAUCAAGACUUCAUAAUUUGCGAUCUCUGUCCGUGCGGCUCUGUGAUCUGACCUUGCUUAAAGAGCUGGAAAUCUCCGAGUGUCCUAAACUUCAGUGCUUACCGAAGGAAGGCUUACCUGCAGACCUUGGAAGAUUUUGCAUCAGGGACUGUCAACUUCUGAAACUACAUUGUUUGGAUUGUAAAGGGGCAUACUGGCCUAUGAUAUCUCACAUCCCAUGUCUGGAAAUAGA